CUCAUAUGGGCAAUAAUUUGUUUAGCAUUAAACUAAACCAGUUUGAUGAACUCAAAUGCCCUCGGCUCAAUAGACAGGACUCUCAGAGGAGCCUGUGUUACUUCCCUCACUUAAGUGCAGAUUUGUAAUAAAAAUCCUAAUGCCAGUUCCAUGCUUUUUGGACCUAUAAGAACCUAACCACUUGGAGAAUCAUAUUUGAGAGGUCAGAAAACUCCACAGUUAAAGAUCGGUUUAUAAUUUACGAAGAAAAUAGAAAGUUUUGUUUCUCUGAGUUGAAAUUUGACAAGCACGGCGGGAAAUAUUGCUGGGUUUUGGCAUAAGGUUUUGUGCUUUCCUCAUAAUUUGAGACCUGAGUGAAGCCUGAGACUUCGGGGAUCAUUUUCUGGGAAAAAUCGGGCAAUUCAGUGCAGAGAAUUUUGAUAUUUUUGGCAUUUUUUGAGGUGUAACAAACACAACUCGGGAUCCGAGAGGACACUCUGAGGCUGCCAGCGAGGCGGGCUGGACAGCGCACCAAUCACGGCGCAGCUCCGCCCUAUAUAAACGGGCGGGCGCAGCGGCGCGGCCCGAGUCCCGGCCAGUGCCUCUGCUUCCGGCUCGAAUUGCUUUCCCAACAAUCGCCUUCAACAUGUCCGAGACUGCGCCCGCCGCGCCUGCUGCACCGGCCCCUGCCGAGAAGACGCCGGUGAAAAAGAAGGCCCGUAAGGCUGCAGGUGCCGCAAAGCGCAAAGCGUCUGGGCCCCCGGUGUCCGAGCUCAUCACCAAGGCUGUCGCCGCCUCCAAGGAGCGCAGCGGCGUGUCUCUGGCUGCGCUCAAGAAGGCGCUGGCGGCCGCGGGCUACGAUGUAGAGAAGAAUAACAGUCGGAUCAAGCUGGGUCUCAAGAGCUUGGUGAGCAAGGGCACUCUGGUACAGACCAAGGGCACCGGCGCCUCGGGUUCUUUCAAGCUGAACAGAAAGGCGGCUACCGGGGAGGCUAAGCCCAAAGCCAAGAAGGCGGGCGCGGCCAAGCCCAAGAAGCCCGCAGGAGGGGCUAAGAAGCCCAAGAAGGCGACGGGGGCGGCCACCCCCAAGAAGAGCGCCAAGAAGACCCCAAAGAAGGCGAAGAAGCCUGCCGCGGCUGCAGGAGCCAAAAAAGCAAAGAGUCCGAAAAAAGCGAAAGCAGCCAAGCCGAAGAAGGCGCCCAAGAGCCCAGCGAAAGCUAAGGCGGUGAAGCCCAAGGCGGCUAAACCAAAGACCGCCAAACCUAAGGCAGCCAAGCCAAAGAAGGCGGCAGCCAAGAAGAAAUAGGAAGUUGCUUUGGCCUAAGGCUUAGAAGCUCGACACAACCCAAAGGCUCUUUUCAGAGCCA